UAAUUUAGAAUAAUCAUAGAUAAAUUUGAUACAUUAAUUGCACUGCUUGACUUUUUCUUGAUAUCCAUAAAAAAUGACAAAAGGUAUUAUAAAUAUUGACGGAGGGAGUAGAUCAAAACUUUAUCUGCAACCUAUACAAACAAACCAUGAUUGUGUAAUUUUUAAACCAACUUCGUGACAUACAAAGUUGAUUAUUAAAUUAUUAUUGAUCACGAAAGAGAGAGAACAUAUGAAGGAAGUUUCGGAAUGGUCAUUGGUCAUAUAUCACAUACGGAUUCUCCAAAGUAUAACCGUUGACCAUUAUCACAUUAUUCAUUCAUUUUCUUUUUGAUUCUCUAUUUUUCUCUAUUUUCAUGGCUUUGCAACCACCUUCUUCUUCUACUUCUUUCUCCUAUGGCUUCACAUACGAUGUCUUUCUCAGCUUCAGAGGCAGUGACACUCGUUUCGGUUUCACUGGAAAUCUCUACAAAGCUCUUCGUGACUGUGGAAUCCACACUUUUAUUGAUGAUAGGGAGCUUCAAGGAGGUGACGAAAUAUCACCGUCACUCGUAAAAGCCAUUGAAGAAUCUAGGAUUUUCAUCCCUGUGUUUUCCAUCAACUAUGCCUCUUCUUCGUUUUGCUUGGACGAACUUGUCCACAUCAUUGACUGCUUCAACACAAAGGGAUGUUUGGUUUUGCCUGUUUUCUAUGGUGUGGAUCCUUCUCACAUUCGACAUCAAACCGAAUGUUUUGGUGAAGCAAUAGCUAAGCAAGAAGUGAAGUUCCAAAAUCAAAAGGAUGACAUGGAUAGGUUGCUAAAAUGGAAAUGUGCUCUUAACAAAGCAGCUAACUUUUCUGGCCACCAUUUCAAUCUUGGGAAUGAAUAUGAGUAUGAGAUUAUUACAAAGAUAGUUAAAGAAGUAUCGAACAAGAUAAAUCGUACUCCUUUACAUGUUGCGGAUUACCCGGUUGGAAUAGAGUCUCGAUUGCUACAAAUAAAAUCACUUCUGGAUGUUGGUUCCAAUGAUGCGGUCUGCUUGGUCGGGAUUUAUGGGAUGGGAGGGUCGGGUAAAACAACACUUGCACAAGCAAUUUAUAAUUUUAUUGCCGAUCAAUUUGAAUGUUUGUGUUUUCUUCAUAAUGUGAGAGAAAUUUCAGCUAAACAUGGCUUAGAAGAUCUCCAAGAAAAACUCCUUUCUAAAACAGUUGGUUUGAGCGUUAAGUUUGGACAUGUAAGUGAAGGAAUACCAAUAAUAAAGGAAAGGCUACGACUAAAGAAGGUUCUUUUGAUUCUCGAUGACGUUGAUGAACUAAAACAGUUGAAGGUUUUGGCUGGAGACCCUAAUUGGCUUGGUCAUGGUAGUCGGGUUGUCGUUACAACUCGAGACAAACAUUUGCUAGCAUGUCAUGGGAUUGAGAGAACUUAUGAACUAGAUGGGUUAAAUAAGGAAGAAGCUCUAGAGUUGCUGAAAUGGAAGGCAUUUAAAAAUAAUAAAGUUGAUUCAAGUUAUGAGCACAUUUUAAACCGUGCAGUUACUUAUGCCUCUGGCCUUCCAUUGGCUUUAGAAGUAGUUGGUUCUAGCUUGUUUGGAAAGCAUAAAGAUGAGUGGAAAUCUACAUUAGAUCGGUAUGAAAGGAUUCCUCAUAAAGAGGUCCUGAAGAUACUUAAAGUGAGCUUUGAUAGUUUGGAGAAAGAUGAGCAAAGUGUUUUUCUCGACAUUGCUUGUUGUUUCAGAGGAUAUAUAUUAGCAGAGGUUGAAGAUAUUCUCUAUGCUCAUUACGGUGAAUGCAUGAAAUAUCAUAUUAGAGUGUUGAUCGAGAAAUGUCUAAUAAAGAUUUAUAGACAAUGUGGUUGUACUUAUGUGACAUUACAUGACUUGAUAGAGGAGAUGGGUAAAGAAAUUGUUCGACAAGAAUCACCAAAAGAGCCUGGGAAACGGAGUAGAUUAUGGUUCCAUAAAGACAUAGUCCAAGUUUUAGAAGAAAAUUUGGGGACCAGUAAAAUUGAAAUUAUAUAUAUGGAAUCCCCAUUGUCUAAGGAAGAAGAAGUGGUAGAAUGGAAAGGAGAUGAAUUAAAGAAGAUGGAAAACCUCAAAACUUUUAUUAUUAAAAGAGGUCGCUUUUCCAAAGGUCUUGAGCAUCUUCCAAAUAAUUUAAGAGUACUGGAAUGGCGUAGUUAUCCUUCACAAGAUUCACCAUCAAUUUUUUGGCAGAAGAAACUUUCCAUAUGCAAGUUACGUGAAAGCUGCUUUACAUCAUUUGAAUUGCAUGAUUCAAUAAAGAAAUUUGUGAAUAUGAGAGAGUUAAUUUUAGACCACUGUCAGUGCUUAAUAAGAAUACAUAAUGUAUCCGGUCUCCCAAAUUUAGAAACAUUUUCAUUUCAAUGUUGUAAGAAUUUAAUUACAGUACACAAUUCUGUUGGGUUAUUAAAUAAACUCAAAAUCUUGAAUGCUAAGCGUUGCAGCAAGCUCACAAGUUUUCCACCAAUGAAGCUCACCUCUCUUCAUGAAUUGGAGCUUUCUUAUUGUACGAGUCUCAAAAGUUUUCCUGAAAUAUUAGGAGAGAUUAAAAAUGUAACACGGAUUCUUUUGAGGGGCACUUUCAUAGAAGAACUCCCAUAUUCAUUUCGAAAUCUCUCUGGGCUUCAUAGGUUACUAAUAUGGGGUAGUAGAAAUGUUAGGUUACCAUUUGGCAUUCUAAUGAUGCCCAAUUUGGCACGUAUUGAAGCUUAUGGAUGUCUCUUAUUUCAAAAAGACAAUGAUAAACUAUGUUCUACUACGAUGUCUUCGUGCGUACAGUUUCUUCGGUGCAAGUUGUCAGUGGAAUUUCUUCCGAUAGUUCUCAGUCAAAUUACUAAUGUGAAAGAUUUAGUCCUAUCAGGGAGUAAUUUUACAAUCCUUCCGGAAUGCCUCAAAGAAUGCAACUUUUUACAGAGCCUUGAAUUGGAUAAUUGUAAGUCUCUUCAAGAAAUUAGGGGGAUUCCGCCAAAUUUAAAACAUGUGUCUGCAUUGCGCUGUGAAUCUCUGACUUACUUGUGUAGAUGGAAGCUACUGAAUCAGGAACUGCAUGAGGCUGGAAGCACAGAUUUUCGUUGGGCAGGAACAGAAAGGAUUCCAGAGUGGUUUGAGCACCAAAGCAAGGGACCAUCAAUUACUUUCUGGUUUCGUGAAAAGUUCCCUUCCAUGGCUAUCUUCUUUGCUACUAAAUCCAUAAAUAACAAGCUCCCUGACAGUCACUUUCUUUCGUUAAGAGUCAAUGGCGUUGCAUGGGCUCUUGAUCAUCGAUGGAACAGAACAAAUAAAUAUCAUCCUACUUUAAUCGAGGUGAAACCGGACCAUACUUAUCUACUGGAUAUGCAAUUGCAAGACAAAGAACUCAAUUAUAAUUUGGAUGAAGCACUUUCAAAAGAUGAAUGGAUCCGUGUAGAGGUUAGGUGUGAUGGCUCGAUGAUGAAGUCACUCCUUACAAAUUGUGGAAUUCAUGUAUUCAAGCAGAAAAGCAGCAUGAAUGAUAUUCGAUUCACUGAUCCUUACAAACUAAAUUCCGAAGUUGUUCAAGCUUCUUGGAUUUAGACUCUGGAUUGGAUUGAGACUCAUAAUCAUGAAUCAUUCCUUGGUGGAAAAUCAUAGAUUCAUUCAUAGAGAUGCAAGGUUUUGUUAAAACUUGUGCUUUUGAUGUGACAAUGAAUGGAUAAGUUGCCAUGGAUGUGAAAUUGGUCAUGUAUAUAGUUGAUAUCAUUUCUUCUAGCCCAGCAUUGCAUUCGUUUGGAGAUAUGAGAAUUAUGACUCAACUUCGAAGGUAUCAAAACUAAUUAGGGUCACAACUGAUGUCAAUGUUAGAAGGCCUUACUGAGAUUGUCAAUGUUGUGUGUUCAACCUUUUUGACUUGAUAUCCUCUCGGAAUACAUGUUUCGACACUCAUAAUUAGGAUCUGAUGCUUUAAUUCACUUCUUGUAUAUGCAACAAUAGUACAUUUGUAAAUUUGUCAGCUUGACAGAAGCUUUACUUUUAAUUGCAUUGAAAGAGACGGUAUGAAUCUAUUCAAGCUUAUUUAGUUUAAUACAAUGGUACUAUUAUUCUUUA